AUUUAUCCACACUGGAUAAAAUAAUAAUUAAUAAUUAAAUAUAAUUAAUUAUUUAAACUAAUUAAAUUAUUAUUUUUUGUAUAGAGUAUUCUCGACAUUCAGCGAAUUAAGUGUUUUUUUUUUUUUAGUAAAAAGAUGAGCUUGUUGAAUUUGCAAUUUUAAAAUCAAUGAACAAACCCCCAAAAUCAAUUCCAAUUUGGGUCUCGCGAUCUCUGAGGGUUUCAUUUUUCCUUCGUUGUCUCUUCUAAUAAAUCUUCUAGGGUUCGUUUUAAUCAGAAAGAAAACAAAAUGCCUCAGAGACACUCGAAGAACAAUAACGAUUUAGCUUUUUUUACGUAUGAUGAGAAGCGAAAGCUUGGAUAUGGAACCCAGAGGGAGAGGCUCGGUAAGGACUCGAUCAAGCCCUUCGAUGCCUGCUGUCUCUGUUUGAAAUCGUUUAUCAAUCCUAUGUCUUGCCAAAAAGGCCAUGUUUUUUGCAAAGAAUGCAUUCUUCAGUGCCUUUUAUCCCAAAAGAAGGACAUCCAACGGAAGCUAGCUGCCCAUGAAUCACAAAAGAAACAGGAGAAGGAAGAGGAAGAAGAGAAGUUAAUGUUGCAGAAAACCAGAGAACUUGAAGCUUUUGAUCAGCAAAACCACGGUGCUGUUCCACAGUAUAAUGAUAGAAACCAGAACAGAGACAAGAAUGGUUUCCAUGGGGCAAACAGUGUGAAGGUGACUUCUUAUGAAGAGGAGGCACUUCGAACAAUGAAAGCAUUUUGGUUGCCCUCAGCUACACCAGAAGCUCCUGUUAAAACAGAAGCUCCUUCUACAAGUACAAUCUGUCCAGAAGGCAAUGAAAAGCUUAAGAUGAAGAGCCUUUUCUCCAUUUAUCUCACAGAAGACAAUAGUGAAAAGAAAUCCAGUGCUUCUCCUGACAAGACCUAUAUCUGUCCCAGCUGCAAGGUUACCCUCACGAACACACGAUCACUGGUUGCACUCAGUUCAUGUGGGCAUGUCUUCUGCAAGAAAUGUGCAGACAAAUUUAUGGCUGUGGAUAAAGUAUGUCUUGUUUGCAACAAAGCUUGUAAGGGCCGGAAUUUGGUGAACUUGGAAAAGGGUGGAACAGGCUUUGCUGGUCAUGGAGAUAAUCUUUUAGCAACAGACUUCAAGCAUUUAGGUAGUGGUUCAGGAUUGGGACUGGUGAGACCAGCCGCAAUGAAGAUUUAA